AUGGACACUCUACAUCAGAUAUGGACUUUCUACAAAGGAACCAUUCGGAAGAUCAUGAUUACAGCAUUCCCCACUCCCGGUGGAAAAGCACUACGGAGUCCUUCCAAAGCAGGGUUAGGCGCCCGAUUUCCGGUUGUUGAUGAUCUUGCCAAACGACCUGCACCGAAUCUGGACUGGGAGAAUCCGCAAAUGUAUCAGCAAACCCGGGACUGGCGACUGAUUAUUGCUCUCGGCACCUGUACAUCAAAUCUGCUUCCAAUGAAAGGAGAACUCGACUUUGAAUUUGGUGCCGACUUUAUGUAUCGAAACCAGUUUCUUGAGGAAAAUCUCAACGCGGAUAAGAGCGUUCACCAAUCGCACUUGGGAACCCUAAUCAAGGACGUUCCCAAACUAAAGGCGAUAAAGGAUAUCCUGGACGAACAGCUUGUACGACAGGACGGUCGCUCUAUGGUGAAACAAUGA